AUGAGUGGAGGAACCCCUUAUAUCGGGAGCAAAAUCAGCCUAAUAUCGAAGGCCGAGAUUCGUUACGAAGGGAUUCUCUACACUAUUGAUACUGAGAAUUCGACUGUCGCACUUGCAAAAGGUAAAUAACUCGUAAAAAUAAUAAUUUGUCAGCACUAUUGUGCAGUAACAGAAUACAUACAGAGAUGCCUCUAAACAAACGCAAUUUCAUCACACUUUGUGGAUUGUUAUUGUUUCCUUGCUGUUCUGAAAAAGUUGUUUAGGUAGCUAACGUUAGUUAACAAGCUAAGCUAAUUGACUAGCCAGCUAGCUAGCUAAAGUGAUGCUUCAAAGGUUUUGUAUAAUUUCUUUCCAGCAGUAGUUUUGAAAGUAGCGCUCACGAGCCAAAACGGGUCCCCGAAAAUGGUGCAUUACGUCAUCCAUUUCAUAUAUGUUACACAUUCCAAUUCUUACAAAUGAUGAACAUUUUGUAAGUGCUUAUAGUGAUGCUCCAGAGCUUUUGUAUAAUUUAGUAGGGGUCUAUCUGUAUCUGCAGACCGCGCCCGCUACACAUCACCACUGACAUUAAGCUAGCUAGCUACUUCCCUCGCUAACAUUCACAGAAUUGCACGACAAGCAGUACCAGUGCACCAAGUCUGGAACCAACAAACAUCGAAUAAGGAAGUAAGCUUUAUGCGACAUAUUUUUGAGUGGAACCCAUUACACGUCUUUGUUUACUAACAGUAGGCUGGACACAUUACAUUUUUAACAACUAUUUUUUUCUGAUAACAACUAGUUCACUGCAUCCGCCGUGGAGCCCUGUUUCAUAAUAUUACUAUAUUUCCCAGCUGCUUGCCAUAGUUUUGAAGUAAUCAUGAAAAAACAGGCCUUAUUUUAGGGCAUUUUUCACCCUGCCAGCUCCUAUUAGUUCUAUUGUGAGCUAUUGUGAGAACGUUCAGAAGGCGAGUUGGUGCCACACCAUCUCGCCUUCUGAACGUUCUAUUUCCAGCCUAUUGUUGUAUGUCACAAUGCCUGCUUCGCUAUUGUUGGAAAUGAGACCUGCCCACGUUGAACCAAUUGCUGGUAGUUAAAACAUCAACAACAACAAAAAAUUACGCAUGGAACUCUGAGGUCGUCUCAUUGUUACCUAUAGGGGAAAUAUAAGUAUGUCUGUCUAUUUUGCCAAAUAUCUCAAUGUGUGUAUUUAGAUUUUUUCAAGUCUGACACCAUUUUAUUCAUGAGAAUCUCAUCUUUCUAAUUAUGUAAGCAUGUGACAAAUAACAUUUGAUUUGAGAACUGCGUGAAAACAGUGCUCAGCAGGCAUGGACAGUGUCGCUAGCUAGCGGCCUACUUCUUCUUUGGUGGGGUUUUUCGGCGGUUGGCAUCCAACAUUAUUGGUGCAUUACCGCCACCUACUGUGCUGGAGUGUGGCCCAGAGACGGCGCUAGCAGCCUCAAUGCAAUGGCAGUGGGCGUGGCAUGUAGUAACGCGUAGUGCACGGCAUGUAGUAUCCGCAGUCCGCAGAUAUACAUUAAUGAUAAUUUCAUUGUUUAGGUAGCUAACGUUAGUUAACAAGCUAAGCUAAUUGACUAGCCAGCUAGCUAGCUAGCUAGCUAAAGUGAUGCUUCAAAGGUUUUGUAUAAUUUCUUUCCAGCAGUAGUUUUGAAAGUAGUGCUCACGAGACAAAACGGGUCCCAGAAAAUGGUGUACUACUAUGUCAUCCAUUUAGUAUUAUAUAUGUUACUUCCUGCAAUUAUCUUUUUGCAAUUUGUAUGAUAUGUUAUGAAUUUGUAAGUGCUAAAGCUCCCGGACUGCAUCUUUAAGUGACCGUUAGCUACCUGGUGAUGUAACUUGUUUUCUACCUAGCUAGCUAACCAUGUUUAUUUCAAGUACAUGCUGACAGUAUCAUGUAACCCUGCCAUAUGGUGAACGAAGGUGCCGUGGCGUGACAACUGCAUCGCUAACAGUCACAUGCAACUCAACGUCAGAAUGGGAAAAUUGGUGCCAGCAAGUUAGUAGCUAUGCUGAAAUCUAAAUCAGACUAGCUAUGUAUUUCGGUCAGCGUUGUAAGGGUUGAUAUGGUGGUUGAUGUCCAGGUUGGGAGGGUUGGUAAGGUGGUUGAUGUCAUUGAACAUUGACCUGGCUGAAAAACGAAAACUGCCCCACUAAUUUUAAGUAACUCAACAAUCUUCAUAAUCCUGAUCCUAGUAGGCACCCACCACAGACACAUACUGUGUACUGUAUGUAAGCGACCCACAGGAUGUCCAACCUUUUGUUCCAGCUCAACACUACACCCAACCUGAUUCAAAGUACACCUUGCAUGUCCAGCUGGCUGGAGUGUUUACGGACAUAUUCGAUCUCUUCAUAUCCCAGUCUGUUGUCCCCUCUUGCUUCAUCUUGUCCUCCAUUGUUCCAGUACCCAAGAAAGCCAAGUUAACUGAACUAAAUGAUUAUCGCCCCAUAGCACUCAGUUCUGUCAUCAUGAAGUUCUUUGAGAGGCUAGUUAAGAACCAUAUCACCUCCACCUUACCCGAUACCCUAGACCCACUACAAUUCUCAUACCGCCCCAACAGAUCGACGGACGACACAAUCGCCAUUGCACUGCACACUGCCCUAUCCCACCAGGAGAAGAGACAUACCUACACUACCAGUCAAAAGUUUAGACACACCUACUCAUUCAAGGGUUUUUCUUUAUUUUAUUUUUUUCUCUACAUUGUAGAUUCAUAGUGAAGACAUCAACUAUGAAAUAACACAUGGAAUCAUGUCGUAACCAAAAAAGAGUUAAACAAAUCAAUCUAUUUUAUAUUUGAGAUUCUUCAAAUAGCCACCCUUUGCCUUGAUGACAGCUUUGCACACUCUUGGCAUUCUCUCAACCAGCUUCAUGAGGUAGUCACCUGGAAUGCAUUUGAAUUAACAGGUGUGACUUCUUAAAAGUUAAUUUGUGGAAUUUCUUUACUUAAUGCGUUUGAGCUAAUCAGUUGUGUUGUGACAAGGUAGGGGUGGGUGGUAAACAGAAUAUAGCCCUAUUUGGUAAAAGACCAAGUCCAUAUUAUGGCAAGAACAGCUUGAAUAAGCAAAGAGAAACGACAGUCCAUCAUUACUUUAAGACAUGAAGGUCAGUCAAUCUGAAAAAUUUCAAGAACUUUGAAAGUUUCUUCAAGUGCAGUCUCAAAAACCAUCAAGCGCUAUGAUGAAACUGGCUCUCAUGAGGACCACCACAGGAAUGAAAGACCCAGAGUUACCUCUGCUACAGAGGAUAAGUUCAUUAGAGUUACCAGCCUCAGAAAUUGCAGCCCCAAUAAAUGCUUCACAGUUCAAGGAACAGCGACGUCCGGGUUAGGGGAGGGUUUGGCCGGCCAGGAUGUCCUUGUCCCAUCGCGCUCUAGCUACUCACUGUGGCGGUCCGGGCGCAUGCAUGCUGAUUUCGGUCACCAGUUGUACGGUGUUUCCUCCGACACAUUGGUGCGGCUGGCUUCCGGGUUAAGCGAGCAAUGUGUCAAGGAGUGCGGCUUGGCAGGGUCAUGUUUCGGAGGACGCAUGGCUCUCGACCUUCACCUCUCCCGAGUCCAUACGGGAGUUGCAGCGAUAGGACAAGACUAACUACCAAUUUGGAUAUCAAGAAAUUGUGGAGAAAAAGGGGUAAAAACUAAUACAAUUUAAAUAAAAGAUUAACUUAAAAAUAAGUAUUCAGGACUCUCAGACCAUGAGGAACAAAAGUCUCUGGUCUGAUGAAAAGCCAAGCGUAACGUCUGGAGGAAACCUGGCACCAUCCCUACGGUGAAGCAUGGUGGUGGCAGCAUCAUGCUGUGGGGAUGUUUUUCAGCGGCAGUGACUGGGAGACUAGUCAGGAUCAAGGGAAAGAUGAACGGAGCAAAGUACAGAGAGAUCCUUGAUGGAAAUCUGCUCCAGAGCGCUCAGGACCUCCGACUGGGAUGAAGGUUCACCUUCCAACAGGACAACGAACCUAAGCACACAGCCAAGACAAUGCAGGAGUGGCUUCGGGACAAGUUUCUGAAUGUCCUUGAGGGGCUCGGCCAGAGCCCGGACUUGAACCCGAUCGAACAUCUCUGGAUAGACUUUAAAAUAGCUGUGCCGCGAUGCUCCCCAUCAAACUAGGUGAAAAAUCUGUCUGUGCCCUUAAGCAAGGCACUUAACCCUAAUUGCUCCUGUAAGUCGCUCUGGAUAAGAGCGUCUGCUAAAUGACUAAAAUGUAAAUGUAAACCUGACAGAGCUUGAGAGGAUCUGCAGAGAAUGGGAGAAACUCCCCAAAUACAGGUGUGCCAAGCUUGUAGCGUCAUACCCAAGAAGACUUGAGGCUGCCAAAGCUGUUUCAACAAAGUACUGAGGAAAGGGUCUGAAUACUUAUGUAAAUGUGAUAUUUCAGUUAUUUUCUGUUGUUUUUAGCAAAAAUGUCUAAGCCUGUUUUUGCUUGACAUUAUGGGGUAUUGUGUGUGGAUUGGGGGGGGGACUUAAUCCAUUUUUGAAUAAGGCUUCAACGUAGCUAAUUGUGGAAAAAGUAAACGGCUCUGAGUACUUUUCCGAAUGCACUGUGUGUACGUGUAGAUGGAACAAAAAUAUAAACGCAACAUGUCAAGUUUUGGUUUCAUGAGCUGAAAUAAAAAAUUCCUCUAAAUGUUCCAUACGCACACAUUUGUUUACAUCCCUGUUAGUGAGCAUUUCUCCUUUGCCAAAAUAAUCCAUCCUCCUGACGGUUGUGGAAUAUCAAGAAGCUGAUUAAACAGCAUUACACAGGUGCACCUUGUGCUGGGGACAAUACAAUUAUUUUAAAAUGUGCGGGUUUUUUCACAAAGCACAACACAAUGCCACAGAUGUCUCAAGUUUUGAGGGAGUGUGCAAUUGGCAUGCUGAAUUUAAUGUUAAUUUGUCUACAAUAAGCUGCCUCCAACGUCGUUUUGGAGAAUUUGGCAGUACGUCCAACCAGCCUCACAAACGCAGACCACGUGUAACCACGCCAGCCCAGGACCUCCACAUCUGUCUUCUUUACCUGCGCGGUCGUGUGAGACCAGCCACCCAGACAGCUAAUGAAAUUGGGUUUGCGCAACCAAAGAAUUUCUGCACACUGUCAGAAACCGUCUCAGAGAAGCUCAUCUGCGUGCUCGUCGCCCUCACCAGGGUCUUGACCUGACUAGUUCGGCGUUGUAGCCGACUUCAGUGAGCAAAUGUUCACCUUUUGAUGUCCACUGGCAUGUUGGAGAAGUCUGCUCUUCACGGAAGAAUCCUGUUUUCAACUGUGCUGGGCAGAUGGCGAGCGGUUUGCUGAUGUCAACGUGAACAGAGUGCCCCAUGGUGGGGUUAUGGUAUGGGCAGGCAUAAGUUUCGGACAAUGAACACAAUUGCAUUUUAUCGACGGCAGUUUGAAUGCACAGAUACCGUGAUGAGAUCCUGAGGCCCAUUGUUGUGCCAUUCAUCCGCCGCCAUUACCUCAUGUUUCAGCAUGAUAAUGCACUGCCCCAUGUCACAAGGAUCUCUACACAAUUCCUGGAAGCUGAAACUGUCCCAGUUCUUCCAUGGCCUGCAUAUUCACCAGACAUGUCACACAUGUUAGGGAUGGUCUGGGUCGAAGUGUACGACAGCGUGUUUCAGUUCCCGCCAAUAUCCAGCAACUUCACGCAGCCAUUGGAGAGGAGUGGGACAACAUUCCACAGGCCACAAUUAACAGCAUGAUCAACUCUAUGCAAAGGAGAUGUUGGCUGCAUGAGGCAAAUAGUGGUCACCAGAUACUGACUGGUUUUUCCUGAUUACGCCCAUAUUCAUUUAAAUUUUUUAAAGGUAUGUGACCAACAGAUGCGUAUCUUUAUUCCCAGUCAUAUGAAAUCCAUAAAUUAGGGCCUAAUUUAUUUCAAUUGACUGAUUUUCCUUAUGAACUGUAACUCAGUAAAAUCUUUGGAAUUGUUGUAUGUUGCGUUUAUUUUUUUCAGUGUAUAUACAGUGUGUAAAAUAUUAGGAACACCUGCUCUUUCCAUGAGACUGACCAGGUGAAUCCAGGUGAAAGUUAUGAUCCCUUAUUGAUGUUGUGCAAUUCAAUAUUAGGAAGGUGUUCUUAAUGUUUUGUACACUCAGUGUAUAUAUUCCGGACUCUGACAUUGGUCGUUCUGAUAUUUCUUUUUAUUUUGGGGGAUUUGUGUGUGGUGUUUUGUAUUACUGCACUGUUGGAGCUAGAAACACAAGCAUUUCGCUGCACCUUCGAUAACACCUGCAAAUCUGUGUAUGCGACCAAUAAACGUUGAUUUGAUGUCACUUCUUAUGCUAACUGUAUGCUUUGUCUUUCCUCCGUAGUUCGCUCUUUUGGCACUGAGGAUCGGCCCACUGAUAGGCCCAUCCCUCCCCGAGAUGAGAUCUUUGAGUACAUCAUCUUCAGAGGCAGUGACAUCAAGGACCUGACUGUAUGUGAGCCGCCUAAGCCAACAUGCUCUCUCCCUCAGGACCCGGCCAUCGUCCAGGUACGGCAGCUUCUCCCAACCCCCAAAUAGCUUAAAUAUACCAAGUACAACCAUGUGAAACAAAGACAUGUUCAAUAAAAGUCAAGAAUCAGCCAAGUGUCAAUUUGCAUUGCCAUUCCAUUAUACAAACGCAAUAUAGUUGUGUAUCCAUUGUGCUGUGUACUGAUAUUUGGCUUGAUCACCCUUUUCUCUCCUCCUUCCUCUCCAGUCGUCCAUGGGCUCGGCCCCUCCACCUGCUGCUGCUGCUGCUGCUUCAGCGCCAUUCCAGUCGGUGGGCUCCUACGGCCUGUUCAACCGAGCCCCGGUGCCCCCGUACAGCCAGUUCAGCACCAGCCCCCUGGUGUCCCCGCAGUUUGGCGCCGUUGGUGUCGGUAAGAGCCACAGCAGCACGAGGUCUGGAUAUGGUGAGGAAGUGACCGCUAGCUAGGUUAAUGUCAAGUGUGUUCAAGGUCUAAUAUCAGUCAUACUUAUGUCAAGUGUGUUCAAAGGCUGAUAUUAGUCCUGUUAAGUGUUUAGUCAGUCACAUUUUACCUUCAAGUGUGUGCUAAUGCUAUGCAUUGAGUCAAUUACCUGUGAAAUGCCGGUGAAUGCAGGUAGAUGUUAGUAUACAUUUAAGCCAACUGUCAGGAAGGGACAUAGUCCUGCAUGCUUUCCAAGGGUUGCGGGUCUCCAUGUGGUCCGUGGAUCAGGUUGGGAAUGCCACAGGAGCAGAGGAGGGUUGGACUGUGGUCUCCACUAUGCCUUACAAUGGUCACUUGCCUUGUCUCCCCUACACUCAUUAGACAUUCAAAAAGGGACAUAGUACACACUAAAUAGAUUCUCACACCAAAUAGACUCACUAUAUCGUUUCUCAAUUUGACAGUACCAGGUCAGGAACUCACCAAAUCAUGAAAUGAGGCCAGUUGGAAGGUAUAUUAUCCAAAGAGGACUCUCACCCUUGUGCCAUUGCCCUAAAUACUCUACACCUGCUGUUCCUCCCUAUACAGGAAGAUCAGUCCCCUCCUCCUUUGGGAGUGACACAAGCUCAGCUGCACCCCAGUCUCAGAGCAGUGCUAUUGGCGCUGCUCUCCCCACUGAUUCACGCUCUCUGGGUACCGCUACUACCCUUGUAUCUAAAGGUAAAAGAAGGAAAACACUGUGGCACUUAUGUAUGUUAGGCCUGUGUAUAGUCUUGUGAAGAGCACAAUGAGGUCAACCAAUACUGCUUUGGAAUACUAGAAUGUGGAUCAGUACGAGAAUGCGUCUUCUCAAAUAACAUGACAUCAUGCUUUUCACAACACAUAACCUGCAUGUCUUCAACACACUGUAUUAUGUAGGUUUGAUGUCCACUAAAUCUGACUCUUGACGGGCCAGUGUUGAAUAAUUGUUGUCUCUGCAGUGUUGAGUAGCCCAGUGUAACCCCAACCCCUCUUUUCUCCCAGUCCGCACUAGCCCCUCUCUGGACCCUCUGAGGAAGAGCCCCACCCUAGAGCAGGCUGUCCAGGCCGGCCCGUCGGCCCCCUCCGCCCCAGCCCCUGGCUUGGGCCGCAGGAGUCCAGCUCCCGGCCGCACGGCCCCCUCGGCUGCAGCCACCGGCCAUGUCCACCAGAAGGCCCAGCAGCAGCACCAUAUCCAGGACGGAGGUGACCCCAGGAGGACCGGUGAGACUGUCAGUGGGGCCCGCAGUAACCAGGCCUGGCCUGCGCCCCGCAACGCACCGAUCUCUCAUCAACACCACACCACUGCUGUAGAUAGGGCUUCCACUGCAGGGCUUAUGCACUCUAUCUUUAGUGCCUCAGGUGAGACCUAUCGGACGCUUUACCUGUGUGUUUUAUUUUUGGGGGGACUGCAACCCCUUAGCUAGCAUUUCUAAAAACAAAAUUACCCCUGUCCUGUUGUGAUUCUAAUGUUCUGUUCCAGAGGUUCUGCAUUUGAACCAAUUGUGCCUUUUUCUAAAGGUAGUAGUCUAUAGUGUGGGGCUAAAUCUCUUUAAUUAAAGUUGAUCCGAGCUCUCUAAACAGAAGGGCUGUACCGUUCCAGGCACAGAGGGCCAGAAAGCAUCCAGACCAGAGUCUGAGCAGCAGGCGCAAGGUGAAGGCAGGGAUCUCAGUAAACGGCCAGCAGGUUAACUGACCACCUCUGCUCUAACCAUCCUCUCAGAGCUCAGCUCCACGCCUAUUCAGACUGCAUGCCCAGUGACUUCUCCUCAAACCGUCAAGCCCAUGUUCAUUUACACAUCCUGUGUGCUGUAGUAGGGUACAUAGCUGGUUACAUUACAUGGUCCAUUGCUUGCGACUGUCUGCAUUGCUGUGCACAGAUUGACAUGCUCUUUAUGUCAAUAGAAGUAAUGAGAUGGCGAUGGCUGCUCUGUUUAGUCUAAGUUGUGUUCUGGUAAUUCUAUUAUCCAAAUUGUUGGUGAUAUGUUGUGUGGGUUUGUAGUGUGUGUUUUGAUGGGUAACGCUAUUCACGCGUUGUGGUUAUGUGCUGCUGGAAUUUGUGUCACAAAUCUGUCAGGGUUAUAAUAUUUUGAAGUAGUCUGUUGUGAUGGAAGGCAAGCCAUUUGUGCUUUAUUCUGUCAAGUGGUAUAGGGUUAUACACUGCUCAAAAAAAUAAAGGGAACACUUAAACAACACAUCCUAGAUCUGAAUUAAUGAAAUAAUCUUAUUAAAUACUUUUUUCUUUACAUAGUUGAAUGUGCUGACAACAAAAUCACACACAAAUUAUCAAUGGAAAUCAAAUGUAUCAACCCAUGGAGGUCUGGAUUUGGAGUCACCCUCAAAAUUAAAGUGGAAAACCACACUACAGGCUGAUCCAACUUUGAUGUAAUGUCCUUAAAACAAGUCAAAAUGAGGCUCAGUAGUGUGUGUGGCCUCCACGUGCCUGUAUGACCUCCCUACAACGCCUGGGCAUGCUCCUGAUGAGGUGGCGGAUGGUCUCCUUAGGGAUCUCCUCCCAGACCUGGACUAAAGCAUCCGCCAACUCCUGGACAGUCUGUGGUACAACGUGGCGUUGGUGGAUGGAGCGAGACAUGAUGUCCCAGAUGUGCUCAAUUGGAUUCAGGUCUGGGGAACGGGCGGGCCAGUCCAUAGCAUCAAUGCCUUCCUCUUGCAGGAACUGCUGACACACUCCAGCCACAUGAGGUCUAGCAUUGUCUUGCAUUAGGAGGAACCCAGGGCCAACCGCACCAGCAUAUGGUCUCACAAGGGGUCUGAGGAUCUCAUCUCGGUACCUAAUGGCAGUCAGGCUACCUCUGGCGAGCACAUGGAGGGCUGUGCGGCCCCCCAAAGAAAUGCCACCCCACACCAUGACUGACCCACCGCAAAACCGGUCAUGCUGGAGGAUGUUGCAGGCAGCAGAACGUUCUCCACGGCGUCUCCAGACUCUGUCACGUCUGUCACGUGCUCAGUGUGAACCUGCUUUCAUCUGUGAAGAGCACAGGGCGCAAGUGGCGAAUUUGCCAAUCUUGGUGUUCUCUGGCAAAUGCCAAACGUCCUGCACGGUGUUGGGCUGUAAGCACAACCCCCACCUGUGGACGUCGGGCCUCAUACCACCCUCAUGGAGUCUGUUUCUGACCGUUUGAGCAGACACAUGCACAUUUGUGGCCGGCUGGAGGUCAUUUUGCAGGGCUCUGGCAGUGCUCCUCCUGCUCCUCCUUGCACAAAGGUGGAGGUAGCAGUCCUGCUGCUGGGUUGUUGCCCUCCUACGGCCUCCUCCACGUCUCCUGAUGUACUGGCCUGUCUCCUGGUAGCGCCUCCAUGCUCUGGACACUACGCUGACAGACACAGCAAACCUUCUUGCCACAGUUCGCAUUGAUGUGCCAUCCUGGAUGAGCUGCACUACCUGAGCCACUUGUGUGGGUUGUAGACUCAGUCUCAUGCUACCACUAGAGUGAAAGCACCGCCAGCAUUCAAAAGUGACCAAAACAUCAGCCAGGAAGCAUAGGAACUGAGAAGUGGUCUGUGGUCACCAUCUGCAGAACCACUUCUUUAUUGGGGGUGUCUUGCUAAUUGCCUAUAAUGUCCACCUGUUGUCUAUUCCAUUUGCACAACAGCAUGUGAAAUUUAUUGUCAAUCAGUGUUGCUUCCCAAGUGGACAGUUUGAUUUCACAGAAGUGUGAUUGACUUGGAGUUACAUUGUGUUGUUUAAGUGUUCCCUUUAUUUUUUUGAGCAGUGUAUACCUGGGGAAGUUGGCUGUGCUCUCAUCUACUAGCCUAUGAUGCAGUGGAAAUGUGUCUGCACAUUUUGUUUAUUAAUAUUCUACAUGGUUCUGUUUUAACACAGUGUACUGCUUUUGGUUAAACCUAUUCUACUCAUUUUGUGGUAUUAUUCAAUUGUAUUGUUUGUGGUGAUUUACUACGUGUAUCUUGUGGUAACAUUGUCUAUUCUGCCUCUGUUUCCCAGCUGGCGGCCCCCCACCUCAGAGGCGUGGUCGUGGGGGCGGACACCGCGGCAGGGGCCACUUCAACGUGCGCCGAGACGGGCCAAUGAAGUUCGAGAAGGACUUUGACUUUGAGAGCGCCAACGCCCAGUUCAACAAGGAGGAGAUUGACAGGGAGUUCCAGAGCAAGCUCAAACUGAAAGGUACCGGAGAACUGUAGAAAAAUAGGGGCCAUGUCACGUGACUCAACACCAACACUUGGUAAAAGAGACACAGGUGAAAGAGACUGAUUUAGUAUAGUCUCCAGUUUUGUGGACGUGAGCCUGCACACAAUGUAAUGGGCCAUAGUGAAGAGGGGUGUCUGACUGGUGAUUUACCAAGUAUAUUAUUGAGAGUAAAUAUAGUGUGCAACUUCCUUUUAUUUUCAUGAGUAUCUGACCGUCCAUGUUAUCCUACAGAUGAGAAGACUGAGAAGCCGGAGAAGGCAGCGGCGAACGGGGAGGAUAAGGGCGACUCCGGGGUGGAGACAGUGAAUAGCGAGGGCAACGCUGAUGAAGAAGGGGGAGAGGCACUAACGCCUAACGUUUACUAUGACAAGUCCAAGUCUUUCUUCGACAACAUCUCCUGUGAUGACAGCAGGUAGGCCAAAGCUGUUAUAGCGGCUACCUCUUUGUCCCUUUAUGUAGAUUAGUUUGAGAAUGAACAAUACAACAUUGUCUUCCCUUAGGCAUGCCCAAGAUGUGAUAAUAAUGAUAUUCUAUUCUGUUUUCCAGAAAAGCUGCAGAAAGAUCUGGAGGAGGCUCUGGUUUCCCACGGUGUGUCUUUGUCUUCUCUCAGAUCCAUUCUAUCCCAUGCUAAUGUUUUGAUACCAUACAAUGUGGCUUUGUUGAUACGUAUAUUCCAUGUACUAUACAAGUCCAUCGUGAAUUCAGUAAGGCACUGUCAGCGUCCUCGUCCAACCACAGCUGAGCGUCUAAUUUCUGAUUGGCAGGGAGCGGAGGCAGACCUGGGCCGAGGAGAGGCGGAUGAACUCUGAAACGUUCGGCAUUCCCCUGCGUGGGGGUCGGGGCCGUGGGGGCUACCGUGGGCGGGGCGGCAUAGGCUUCCGCGGGGGCAGGGGACGCUCGGCCAGCAGAGGGUCCUUCGGCCCCCCCCAAGGAGGCCACGGCUACAGGGGAGGAUACAACCGAACAAGCCAGGGAGGACGGGAGUUCUCGGAGAACUUUGAGUACAGGGUAAUGUAUAUGUUUAUUACCUAUUAGGGUUGGGAAUUGCCAGGGACCUCACGAUACGAUAUUCUCACGAUACUUAGGUGCCGAUACGAUAUGUAUUGCAAUUCUCACAAUUGUAUAUGUAUUGCAAUUCGAUACUGUGAUUUCUAUUGCGAUUCGAUGUUCCAAACAUAUUGCUCACCAUAUGUCUGCUGCAGAGGGACAAGAGGGAGUAUGAGAAUGAGUUUUGAUCACUCAUGGAAAUAAAAGUGCUGAAAACAAAUUGGCUCCCUAUUUAAAAAGAUGGAGAACAAGCUGUGAAGGAAAAAUACUGGAGUUUUGGUGCAGGUACAGCCAACUAGCGCAAAAGUAAUAUUGUGAUAUGUAACAAUAGAUUUUUUGUUUUUCCCUCAUCACUACCUUUAAGCACUUGUACAGUCGUGGUCAAAAGUUUUGAGAAUGACACAUACUAAUUUUCACAAUGUCUGCUGCCUCAGUUUUGAUUAUGGCAAUUUGCAUGUACUCCAGAAUGUCAUGAGUGAUCAGAUGAAUUGCAAUUAAUUGCAAAGUCCCUCUUUGCCAUGAAAAUGAACUUAAUCCCCCAAAAACAUUUCCACUGCAUUUCAGCCAUGCCACAAAAGGACCAGCUGCCAUCAUGUCAGUGAUUAUCUCGUUAACACAGGUGAGAGUGUUGUUGAGGACAAGGCUGGAGAUCACUCUGUCAUGCUGAUUGAGUUAGAAUAACAGACUGGAAGCUUUAAACGGAGGGUGGUGCUUGAAAUCAUUGUACUUCCUCUGUUAACCAUGGUUACCUGCAAGGAAACACGGGCCGUCAUCAUUGCUUUGCACAAAAAGGGCUUCACAGGCAAGGAUAUUGCUGCUAGUAAGAUUGCCAACCAUUUAUCGGAUCAUCAAGAACUUCAAGGAGAGCGGUUCAAUUGUUGUGAAGAAGGCAUCAGGGCGCCCAAGAAAGUCCAGCAAGCGCCAGGCCCGUCUCCUAAAGUUGAUUCAGCUGCGGUAUCGGGGCAUCACCAGUGUGGAGCUUGCUCAGUAAUGGCAGCAGGCAGGUGUGAGUGCAUCUGCACACACAGUGAGGUGAAGACUUUUGGAGGAUGGCCUGGUGUCAAGAAGGGCAACAAAGAAGCCACUUCUCUCCAGGAAAAACAUCAGGGACAGACUGAUAUUCUGCAAAAGGUACAGGGAUUGGACUGCUGAGGACUGGGGUAAAGUCAUUUUCUCUGAUGAAUCCCCUUUCCGAUUGUUUGGGGCAUCCGGAAAACACCUUGUCCGGAGAAGACAAGGUGAGAGCUACCAUCAGUCCUGUGGCAUGCCAACAGUAAAGCAUCCUGAGACCAUUCAUGUGUGGGGUUGCUUCUCAGCCAAGGGAGUGGGCUCACUCACAAUUUUGCCCAAGAACACAGCCAUGAAUAAAGAAUGGUACCAACACAUCCUCCGAGAGCAACUUCUCCCAACCAUCCAAUAACAGUUUGGUGACGACCAAUGCCUUUUCCAGCAUGAUGGAGCACCUUGCCAUAAGGCAAAAGUGAUAACUAAGUGGCUCGGGGAACAAAACAUCGAAAUGUUGGGUCCAUGGCCAGGAAACUCCCCAGACCUUAAUCCAUUGAGAACUUGUGGUCGAUCCUCAAGAGGCGGGUGGACAAACAAAAACCCACAAAUUCGGACAAACUCCAAGCGUUGAUUAUGCAAGAAUGGGCUGCCAUCAGUCCGGAUGUGGCCCAGAAGUUAAUUGACAGCAUGCCAGGGCGGAUUGCAGAGGUAUUGAAACAGAAGGGGCAACACUGCAAAUAUUGACUCUUUGCAUAAACUUAAUGUAAUUGUCAAUAAAAGCCUUUGACACUUAUGGAAUGCUUGUAAUUAUACAUCAGUAUACCAUAGUAACAUCUGACAAAAAUAUCUCAUAACACUGAAGCAGCAAACUUUGUGAAGACCAAUACUUGUCAUUCUCAAACCUUUUGACCACGACUGUACAUAACUUUAACCAUAGUGAAGUCAUAAAAAAACUGUCAAAUUUUUUUGCCUUUCUUCCAGAAGGAUAACAAGGUGGCUGCGUAGUACAACAGGAGGACGGAUCCACAGAGUUGCAACGCCUCAUGUUUAAAAAUAGUUUUGGUUGCUACUUUUGACUAAAAGAAUGAAGAUGUACUAGCUGUAUAUUUGUCACCAGCACUGGGUUAGACUGCUUGAAUGCAACUUAUUUUCCAUAUCUUUUAACAAUGGAAAUGAUGCAAUAUGUCAAACACAAAUGUCAAGAUCUCUUCAAAACUAUUUCCAGGUGGCUUAAAUUGUGUAUAAAUAUCAUAUUUCAGAGAGAUGUCAGUAUUUUUUGUAUUUUUUUCAGCAAUGAGUUUUGUUUCUUUUUUUCUCCUGAACUUGUAUUUGAUAACAUUCUGUUAGGUGUAGAGGGCUGUAUACUUGAGCCUUCCAACUGAGGAGCACUGACAUAGGUUUAUUUGUUUGGAUAUAUCCUGUUAUGUAACUUCAGCAGCAAAAUAGUCAGUGGGGUCCGUCACAGUUUCUUCCCUGUAUACUACACAUACCAUACCUAUACCUAGUCAGCUAGCCAUCUAUUUAUCCCACUUCUCUAAAUGGCAGAGCUUGUGGUUUUUUGCUCAAUAUUCUCAACUUUUUGUCAAUAUUCUGUUUAAUUUACUUCCAGCUCUUACUUUAGAUGUUGUUUUUAUUAGGGCUUUAUCAGUCUUCUGUUAACGCUAUGGUUUAAACCAACAAGGAUUGAUCUAUAUUGGCUAUUACUCACAUUCUACACCGUAGUGUUUGGAGGAUAGAGAUGGUGCUAGAUGUAAACACUUAGCUUUACUCUUCUGGUUUUGUGAUUAUAGUUUAACUCUGGAUGCGUAACUAAGUAUAAGGAAGGAUAGGUCAGAAUUCAUUUUCUUUAUUUUAAAAUGUUCUGUAUAUUGCCCUGUACUCAAGGGCUCCUGGUAUUGUGUGACUAAAGUUGUAUAAUGCUGCUGUUUGCUACAGUUAUUUUUCUAGCGUCAUCGACAAGAGCUAG